CCGCCGCCGCCACCCCCAUUGCCAUCAUGGGCUUGAUGCCGCUCAGCGACUCCGUGGAGAAGGGCAAGAUUGGCCGGGGCGUCCUGCCGGCCAUGCAGCUGGCCAUGGAGCAGAUCCUGAACGAGUCUCUGCUCAGCCCUUACUCGCUGGACCUGCGCUACUACGACACCGAGUGUGACAAUGCAAAGGGACUUAAAGCCUUCUAUGAUGCAAUAAAAUAUGGACCUACGCACCUAAUGGUUUUUGGUGGAGUAUGUACAACUGUAACAUCCAUCAUUGCCGAAUCCCUAAUAGGAUGGAAUUUGGUCCAGCUCUCAUUUGCGGCAACAACGCCAGAAUUAGCUGAUAAGAAAAAGUAUCCUUAUUUCUUCCGGACAGUACCAUCCGAUAAUGCUGUGAACCCUGCCAUUUUGAAGUUGCUCAAAUAUUUUCAGUGGAAAAGAGUGGGGACACUGACUCAAGAUAUACGAAGAUUUUCUGAGGUACGGAAUGAUCUGACUGGUGUCUUGUAUGGAGAAGAUAUUGAAAUCUCAGAUACAGAGAGUUUCUCUAAUGAUCCCUGCACUAGCGUCAAAAAGCUCAAGGGAAAUGAUGUCCGGAUCAUCCUUGGCCAGUUCAAUGAGGAAAUGGCUGCAAAAGUAUUCUGCUGUGCAUUUAAUGAAAAGAUGUUCGGCCCCAAAUAUCAGUGGAUCAUUCCUGGGUGGUAUCAGAGCUACUGGUGGGAGAAAGCGAUUCCAAAGCUUAAUUCAUCACACUGCCUUGGUAUAAACCUUCUUGGUGCCAUGGAAGGUUACAUUGGAGUGGAUUUUGAACCUCUAAGUUCUAAACAGAUAAAAACGAUUUCUGGAAGGACACCACAACAGUAUGAAGAAGAAUAUGAUCAGAGGCGUGGAAAUGUUGAGCCAAGUAAGUUCCAUGGCUUCGCUUAUGAUGGAAUAUGGGUAAUUGCCAAAACGUUGCAACAAGCAAUGAAGAUACUCAAUGCUACCAACAAAAACCAAAAAAUUGAGGACUUUAACUACACCAACAAAGAACUUGGAAAAAUUUUCCUGGAUGCAAUGAAUCAGACUAGCUUCUUUGGUGUCACGGGUCAAGUUAUGUUCAGAAAUGGAGAAAGGAUGGGGACCAUCAAAUUUACACAGUUCCAAGACAAAAAGGAAGUGAAGGUGGGAGAAUAUAAUGCUAUACUUGAUUCACUGGAAAUCAUCAACAACUCCAUCAAAUUCCAUGGAAAAGAGCCGCCAAAGGACAGAACAAUUAUCCAAAAGCAACUUCGCAAAAUCUCCCUGCCUCUCUACAGUAUUCUUUCUGCACUCACCAUCCUGGGAAUGAUCAUGGCCAGCGCCUUUUUAUUCUUUAACAUCAAAAACCGAAACCAGAAGUUGAUAAAGAUGUCCAGUCCCUACAUGAACAACCUCAUUAUUCUUGGGGGAAUGCUGUCCUAUGCAUCUAUAUUCCUUUUUGGCCUUGAUGGAUCUUUUGUCUCUGAAAAGACAUUUGAAACCCUUUGUACUGUCCGGACGUGGAUCCUUACGGUGGGAUACACAACUGCAUUUGGGGCAAUGUUUGCAAAAACAUGGAGAGUCCAUGCAAUUUUCAAAAAUGUAAAGAUGAAGAAAAAGAUCAUUAAGGACCAAAAACUGAUGGUGAUUGUUGGAGGGAUGUUGCUGAUAGAUCUGUGCAUCUUGAUUUGCUGGCAAGUUGUUGAUCCCUUGAGGAGGACGGUGGAAAAAUACAACAUGGAGCCUGACCCCGCAGGCCGAGAUAUUUCUAUUCUCCCCAUUUUGGAGCACUGUGAAAACACUCACAUGACCAUCUGGCUUGGCAUUGUUUAUGCCUACAAAGGCCUACUCAUGCUAUUUGGUUGCUUUUUGGCUUGGGAGACGCGAAAUGUGAGCAUUCCUGCUCUGAACGACAGCAAAUACAUUGGCAUGAGUGUUUAUAAUGUAGGCAUCAUGUGCAUAAUCGGAGCAGCGGUUUCCUUUCUCACACGAGACCAGCCCAAUGUACAGUUCUGCAUUGUGGCACUAGUCAUUAUCUUUUGUAGCACCAUUACCCUCUGCCUAGUCUUUGUGCCUAAGUUAAUCACGCUGAGAACCAAUCCGGAUGCCGCCACUCGGAACAGAGGCUUGCAGUUCACUCAAAACCAGAAGAAAGACGACUCAAAAACUUCCACCUCCGUCACCAGCGUGAACCAGGCCAGCACUUCCCGGUUAGAAGGACUACAGUCGGAAAACCACCAGCUGAGGAUGAAAAUCACAGAGUUGGACAAAACUUUAGAAGAAGUCACAAUGCAGCUUCAAGACACACCUGAGAAGACAACGUAUAUUAAACAGAAUCAUUAUCAGGAGCUUAACGAUAUUCUCAGUAUACGCAACUUUACAGAAAACAAAGAUGGCGAAAAGACUGUAUUGAAAACCCACCUUGAUCAAAACCCUCAAGCACAAUGGAAUACUACAGAGUCCUCCAGAACAAGCAAAGACUUCAUAGAAGAUAUCAACUCCCCAGAACACAUACAGCGCCGGCUCUCCUUGCAGCUGCCGAUCCUUCACCAUGCCUACCUGCCGUCGAUAGGAGGGGUGGAUGCCACUUGCACCAGCCCGUGCGUGAGUCCCGGCGCCAGCCCACGGCACAGACACGUGCCGCCAUCCUUUCGCGUGAUGGUCUCCGGCCUGUAA